CACUGAGAAAGUUUCUUAAACUCAAACCAAUUAUAGAUUAUUCCUUUAUUACCACUUCCAACAUCUUUAAUUGUCUAUCUCUCAUCUUCUUCAUCGUCUGAAGCAACCAACUCUCAUCUUCUUUAUCGUAAAGCAACUAUCUCUCAUCAACAAAUCAAAACAGGAAGAAGAAGGUGAAAAAAUUACUGAGAUGGGGAGAGGAAAGAUUGAGAUCAAGCGGAUUGAGAACUCAAGCAACAGACAAGUGACUUUCUCAAAGAGAAGAAAUGGGAUCCUAAAAAAAGCCAAAGAGAUAAGUGUACUCUGUGAUACUGAGGUUUCUCUCAUCAUCUGUUCGAGUUCUGGAAAGAUGCAUCAGUAUUGUAGUCCUUCGACUACUUUGGUCGAUAUUUUGGACAAAUAUCACAAGCAAUCUGGAAAGAAGCUCUGGGAUGCUAAGCAUGAGAACCUCAACAAUGAAAUUGACAGAAUCAAGAAAGAGAAUGAUAGCAUGCAAAUCAAGCUCAGACACCUCAAAGGAGAGGACAUCACAUCCUUGAACCACAAAGAGCUAAUGGCCAUGGAGGAUGCACUGGAAAAUGGUCUCUCCGGUAUUCGUGAGAAAAAGGCUAGUAGUAUAGAGGGGAUGAGGAAAAAUGGAAAGGUGUUGGAGGAAGAGCACAGAUAUCUCCAUUUCGUUCUGGGGCAACAGGAGCUUGCUAAAGAACAGCGGGAGAUGACAAUAGAGAGCAAUGUGAGAGAGAUUGAUACUGAUCACUACACUUCACAGAUGCCCUUCACCUUUCGCGUUCAGCCUAUUCAGCCAAAUCUCCAAAAAAGGAUCUAAUUAAUUAAAUUAUAACCUCCAUAAUUAAGCCUCUAGUAGUACAAUUUAUUGUAAUAAGGUUUAUGAACUCUAUCGGCUUCUACACUUGUGGUAUGUAUGGUAUCAUCACUUUGUUCUUGUCCACAGUAGUUAUCUUGGUUAAGAUUAAAGUUGAAACCUUGAUGAUGACGGUGAGGAUGGUGAUGGUGGAAGAAUUGUUGAUGGGAAGGCCAAGAAUUGAAUUGCUGUUGUUGCUGCUUUGAAGAAGAGUUGUGAUGUUGAUGAGUGGAUUCCAUAUUUAAGGAUUGUUGUUGGUGGGGAGGCCAGCAGGGGGUUUCUUGUAAGUCAGUGGAGAAAUGGUUGAUGGACAUGAUUGGAAGGCGAGAAAGUGAGAAGGAAAAUAAAUUGGGAGAAAUUGGGAGAGGAGUGGAGGGGGCAAAGGAUGACUUAUUAUGGUGUUGAUGAAGAAGAAAGUGUGGGGAUAUUUGAUGGAGCAAAGAGAAGAG